CAGGGAGAGGGGGGAGCGCGGAGCUAGUCGGAGAGUGAGCGAGAGCAAGAAGGAGGGAGAGGAGGAGAAAGAGAGCGAGGGCGGGCGGGAGGCGGCGGCGGCGGCGGCAGCGGUAAUAGCAGGAGCGGCCACAGAAGGCGUCGGAGCGGGCGUCGGAGCUGCCCGCCGGGGGAGAGAGAGAGAGAGGAGAGAGAAAGGGAGCGAGCGAGCAGAGGAGCCCGAGGCGAAAAAGUAACUGUCAAAUGCGCGGCUCCUUUAACCGGAGCGCUCAGUCCGGCUCCGAGAGUCAUGGCGACCGCAGCGUCUAACCACUACAGCCUGCUCACCUCCAGCGCCUCCAUCGUGCACGCCGAGCCGCCGGGCGGCAUGCAGCAGGGCGCGGGGGGCUACCGCGAGGCUCAGAGCCUGGUGCAGGGCGACUACGGCGCGCUGCAGAGCAACGGGCACCCGCUCAGCCACGCUCACCAGUGGAUCACCGCGCUGUCCCACGGCGGCGGCGGCGGGGGCGGCGGCGGCGGCGGCGGGGGCGGGGGCGGCGGCGGGGGCGGCGGCGACGGCUCCCCGUGGUCCACCAGCCCCCUGGGCCAGCCGGACAUCAAGCCCUCCGUGGUGGUGCAGCAGGGCGGCCGCGGCGACGAGCUGCACGGGCCGGGCGCCCUGCAGCAGCAGCACCAGCAGCAGCAGCAGCAGCAGCAACAGCAGCAGCAGCAGCAGCAACAGCAGCAGCAGCAGCAGCGGCCGCCGCAUCUGGUGCACCACGCCGCCAACCACCACCCGGGGCCCGGGGCAUGGCGCAGCGCCGCGGCCGCCGCGCACCUCCCGCCCUCCAUGGGAGCGUCCAACGGCGGCUUGCUCUACUCGCAGCCCAGCUUCACGGUGAACGGCAUGCUGGGCGCCGGCGGGCAGCCGGCGGGGCUGCACCACCACGGCCUGCGGGACGCGCACGACGAGCCGCACCACGCCGACCACCACCCGCACCCGCACUCGCACCCGCACCAGCAGCCGCCGCCGCCGCCGCCCCCGCAGGGCCCGCCGGGCCACCCCGGCGCGCACCACGACCCGCACUCGGACGAGGACACGCCGACCUCGGAUGACCUGGAGCAGUUCGCCAAGCAGUUCAAGCAGCGCCGGAUCAAACUGGGAUUUACCCAAGCGGACGUGGGGCUGGCGCUGGGCACCCUCUACGGCAACGUGUUCUCGCAGACCACCAUCUGCAGGUUUGAGGCCCUGCAGCUGAGCUUCAAGAACAUGUGCAAGCUGAAGCCUUUGUUGAACAAGUGGUUGGAGGAGGCGGACUCGUCCUCGGGCAGCCCCACGAGCAUAGACAAGAUCGCAGCGCAGGGGCGCAAGAGGAAAAAGCGGACCUCCAUCGAGGUGAGCGUCAAGGGGGCUCUGGAGAGCCAUUUCCUCAAAUGCCCCAAGCCCUCGGCCCAGGAGAUCACCUCCCUCGCGGACAGCUUACAGCUGGAGAAGGAGGUGGUGAGAGUUUGGUUUUGUAACAGGAGACAGAAAGAGAAAAGGAUGACCCCUCCCGGAGGGACUCUGCCGGGCGCCGAGGAUGUGUACGGGGGGAGUAGGGACACGCCACCACACCACGGGGUGCAGACGCCCGUCCAGUGAACUCGAGCGGGGGGAGGGGCAGAGCGCGGGGCUCCCCCUCCCCUACGGUCCACGGCCCUUCCCCGGCCCCCUUGUUCCCUCUCUAACUUCUGAUUGUUCUUUUAUUUUAAUUAUUAUUUCCCCGUCCCUUAAAAGGAAAAAAAAAAAGAUUAAUAAUAAUAAGGAAAGCAACUAAAGCACUGGACUAUCCUUUAAACGGUAGCAGGUGUAAUGAUGUGUUUUGACCUUUACAGGCUAGUACCCAGGCAAUGGAGUGGAGUGUCUCAUAGAGAGAGUGAGGAGAGAGUGUGUAAUAGAGAGAGAGAGAGAGAGAGAGAGAGCAAGAGAGAGAGAGAGAGAUGGCAAGCACUGAGUUAAAUACCUGGCAAAACUAAAUAAAUUAACCAAAAAGGAAAAAAAAAAUCCACCAAACCGUGAUAAACACAAAACAGCUUCCUGAUGCUCGGAGUUGGCACAUGCUGCUGUGUUGAUUUAAUGUGGAUCCUCAUCAGGAAAGAGGGAAAAAUACACAUGUGCUUUGAUGUAGUCAAAAUUUAACCACAUAAAUUUGCACUGCAAGAAAAUUGAAGUUUACAUGAACAAAUUCAUGAACAGAUUUUUCUUUCUCCCACCGUUAAUUUUGAAAUUGCCGGGUUUUGUUUUGUUUUGUUUUAUCCAGCAGAGAGAGUUGCAGCCAGCCCUUGGCUACUCUCCAUUUCUAACGUUGUCGCGUUGCCCCCUUGUUCUUACUGUUUGUGAACUUUGGUUACUUUCGGUCCCCCCACCCCACCCCAACAUUGGUGUAACAUCUAUUUGCUUCUUUUACCAAAGCAAAAAAAAAAAAAAAAAAGAUUGGCUUCGUACAAAAUAAAUCCUUCUCUGCUUUCAGGAAACGUGCAUGGUCUACCCGCUUUAUCCAAGGCAAGAAUCCAGUUUGGAAUACAAAAAUGAGUCAAGCAUUGGUUUUUGUUACCAGCCACAAAGUAAACUUCAUUUUCAGGCAGUGUUUCUGGGGGAGGUUGCAGGAGGGGAGAAAAAGAAAAAUCGAUAGUGAGUGACUGAUUGCUUCAUUUUAUCAGGCGGGCCCAUUGUGAAAGAGCUCAGAGGAAAUGUGGAGGUUAAAUAUAUUUCCAGAGUUGUCCAACAGAAAGUGGCACUUUGAAGAGAACCAGGGAAAUAUAUAUCUUCAGAAGCCCCUGUAUAGUUCUCUGCCUUCAGUUUUAAUAACUUAAUUAGGAGGAAUUAUUUGUGCUGACAGCAGCAGUUAAACUUUGUUCCUCUAAUAGCUUUUUUUUUUUUAACAUAAAGAAAAUAAUCUGGGAACUUAAUGGUGUAUGCAUAGACUGUGUCUUACCACACAAAUACCCACAUGCAUACAGAGGAUAUCUCCACUCUAGACUGGUUUUGUUUUCACUAGCUCAUUUGUUUAUCAAAUCAUAUUUAAGGUCCCACACCCUCUUCUCUUAUAAUUUAUUACAGAAAAUACCAGUUUGACCUGGACAGCUUUCUUCUCCCUCUUUCACUAAGGAAGCCAAAUGAACUGGGGAAAAAAAAAAUUGCUAUUUUCUAUCCUUCCUUUUCUCCCUUUGUUAAUAGUUUUAAGUGCGUUUUUUACCUUAUCUUGAUGGAAAAUGGUUAACUCCCAUAACAAAAGACUCUACUGGGAAGUGUAGGUGAAAAAAAAACUUCUAACUGUAUUGAAAAUAAAUACCAUUAAACUGUGAUCAGUUAAAACAUUUAAAAAUAAUCAGCACAAAAGGGCGCUCAAAGGGAAAACACUUUUUAUUAAUCUUCAAAGUUUGGGGCUUUUUUCUGGUUAAAUAUUAGGCAAAUUUUUCUUUUAAGACAUUAAAUUCUCAAUACCAUAAAAUUAUGGUUCAGCAUCAGAUUAGCAUUGCACUCAGUAGUUAAGGUUUUAGGAAAUAUGCUUUAUAUUGUCUCUUCAAACACCUGUGAUUGUUUCAUUUUCAAUGUUUUUGCAAGAUAAAUGAUGACUUAUAAUGGGCAUAUUUAUUUGCCUGUAUUUCAUUUCCCCCAACGAAUGUCACAAGGAGAUGGGCACGGAGCUGCUGCUUCGGGGUGCAUCACGCUGCUUGUUCCUGAGGUGUGGGGACUGGCCUUUAGUGAAGCAAUCCAGAGCAGGGCAGAUAGCCAAUGGUAAAGGGAGGAAAUGAAUUUUCAGAUUCUUAUUACCAAGUGGGUAAGGUCAGAUGCUGGAGUUCAGGGGACGAGUCUAUAGCUCCUCUAACUCUCAUAGGUUUACUAAGAUGAAAGUUACCACUGAACCUUACCACGAUGUAUAUAUGUUUAAUAUCUGUCUUUUGAAAUGCAGAAAUAGUUUAAAUGUUUCUUUGUCUAUUUUUCUUUUUUUUUAAUGCUACCCAGGGAAAUAUUUUCAUAUCAUUUUUAAGUGGCCUGCCUCAAUGUAUAUUUAUUUCUUUUAAAGCAAAAAGGUUCUGGAAACUGUUUUUCUGUAGCUUUAAAUGAGUAGAUGAGCAAAAUCUAUAUGGGAUGUAAUUUUUUUUUUUUGUUCAGUCUCUUUAAGAAUACUUUGUUUUGGUACAUUUGGUUGUGCUUGUGGGGAAAAUAAAAACGCAGAGAUCCUUAUAUAUUUAUGUUAAAGUAAUAUUUUAUUAUCUACAUAAAACAGAAAUGCACAAUACCUUCAUAGUUUGUUCUAAUUAUUGAAAUAUCUUUAUUUUAUUUUUAAAGAUAGUGCCAAGUUUUAAGGGGGGGGGAGAAAACCCUAGACCUUAUACUGACUGAGUUGAGUUGUGUGUAAAAUACUUCCCUUCCUUUAUACUUCAUAAAGUUUUGGAAUAAAUUUUAUGCGUAUACUGCCAGGUUUCAUGUUUAUAACUUUCAGAGCUUUUCUUUUCUUUUCUUUUCUUUUCUUUUUUUAAGAGACUACUGUUCUGAUUCUAAUUCACUUUUCUUUGCAAAAAACUAUCAGUUCCAGACCUUUCAGUCACUACACCUAUAGCAUUAAAUUGAAAUGGUCAUUGGGUUUGAGCCUCGAUUUGUUUGCCAUUUCAUGGUCCGACAAAGAGAUGUUUGUCCCCUUUAAAUAUAUGCAGAUAUCCCCACGUCUUCUUCUUUCCAGGUUACCUUUACCUUGACUGAUUGUGCUUUUUUUUUUUUUUUUUUUUGGAGAGCAUCAAUGGAACUAGGUGGACUUUAAUCUUUACCCACAUGUUCUCACAAAAUUUGGGAUCUUAAAAGCAAAGCUUAGUUAAAGGUAUUCUUUUUAAUCAUUAACAAAUACCUUUCAACAAAGAAUAACUCUGACAAUGUGCAAGAUGUGUGUUUACCAAGUGAUUAUUGGUGGGUCCCAUGUAUGAUGCCUGUUAGGUUUACAGAAAAAAAAAUGGAUUUUGCAAUGGUUUAUAUACUAGUGUCUUUUUCUCUUCGGGCAAGCAAAUAGGCUCCAAAGCAGGGCGAGAGAGAAAAAAAAAGAAAAAAAAAAAAAAAAAAACGAAAGAAAGAAUGUAUGGAAGACACUCAAGGCUGUGAUGCUAAUAGCAGAUUGUUUCAGAUAUUCUUAGAGGGAACAGUAUACUUACCAAAAUCAGCUUAAGGUUAGUGCCACAUCCAAGCAGUGUUGGGUUAGUUUGCAAGUUUGCUGAUGUAUUUAAAGUCCUCCUUGGAACACUGGUUUAAGUAUAAAUGUCCAUUUUGAAAGGCAGUUUCUGGGCUUAUUACAUCUGAUCAUCUUUUCUAACUCCUAGUCAAUAUUACACAGGUCCCAAACAGAUUCAGCCAAAUGAUCUUAUCAAUAGUCUGAACGAGAAGUGACAGAAAGAAGAAGUGUUUUGUGACCGCAGACAUGCUGAUGGGUAAAAUGUUUAAGCUGGGUAUAGAUUUGAGUUCUGGGUCAAUAUCCUCCUCCAUUGUAGGCAGAAAACAAGCAGCAUCUGCCCUCUGCAGGGCAUUUUAGUGGACCUUGAGAAGGCGGUUUUUGUUCUUAGCCACAGGGGCUACUGACUGGAAACCAUCACGUGUUAAACGGACACGCCAUGGUUUUGACCCAUGCUUGCCGUUCAGAUCCUAAAGCUACUCAGGCAGUUUCAAUGCCGGUUUGGGGGAAUGUAUUACACGCCAGAGUGAAAACCUCUAUCACUGCCACUGGGAGAAAGAAAUGUGUGGGGCAGUCCUCCCUAAGAUGUUGGCUAGCCACAAUGACAAACCCCUUCUUUCCCCCCAAAGACAAUAAAUGCAGAAUGCGGCCAUCCUGAAAGAGCUCCUGUGUUUCCUCAAAAUGUGUCACUUUUUAAAAUCUAUGGCAUAAGAUGGGGGAGAAACGAUCAUGUGGGAGAGUUAUGUGAAGGUCAGAUAGAGGGAAUGGCCACAAAUAAUAUUAUGCUUGGCACUUGUAGCCAUUUCUCGGUUCCCAAGAAGUUACCUCCUGUAUAUCUGAGAUGGCAGCAACAAAAGCACUCUUCUUCACCUCCUGCUCCUACCAGUGGAGGCCACACACUGGUUGGCAGGGUUUUCCGAUGACAUGGCUUUAAUAAAGGCACUCACCUUUCUCAUCUUCUUAUUUCUCCAAGAGCAACUAGUAAAGAGAUGCGACAGCAACAAUGGGGAAAUAUGGCAAGUGAGUCCUUUGGUACCUGUGCACGUCUGUGUAAAUGCUGCCUUCUUCUGCCUCUCAUUUGCCUUCCUGUGAAGCAGCUUGUUGUAGUGCUGGGGUGCUGGGUGAGAGAAAUUACCGUUUUGUCACUGGUUUCUGUGAUUUGUCUUUGUUGAUUUUUCAAUCAGUUUAUAGAACCCUGUUCUAGAUUCUAUUGAAUUCCUAGACAAGUUAAAGAAUGAGAUAAAGAACCGAGCUUUUAACAGGAAAAGAAGGAUGGUGAAGGGAGGGUCAAAGGUAAAAGGGUUUCUUUGGGUCUGCUUGGAUAUUUCAACGAGGCAAAAGGGACAGUGUCUAUUUAAAGUGAAGAAUGCAUCUGGAGGUACUAGCAGUGAAUCUUGACAAUAUGACUAAAUGGGAUGUUCAGCUAAAUUUUAUACCAACAGUAUCCCUAAUGCAAGAAAGUUUACUUUUUCAGUGACGCAUCAUCUCUUAACUGGGGGCAGAGGGUGGUAGGAGAGAACCAGGGCUCCUGGUACCUAUUCUGGCCACUUGGUUCAGUACAGGAAAUAAUGCAAAAGUGGCAGGGGCUUGCCACUUGGCUAGAAAAAUCAAGGAAUAAACUUGCCCACCUCUGUAGAACUUGGGCCAGAGUUAUUUCAAUGCUUCCUCAUCUAGAGGCGGGUACAGGAGUGCCAGAAAAAUGGCUUUUUAGUUUUCUUAAAGGCUUCGCUUGGUUAUGGAGAUAAACAAUCAGAAUAUUUUCACAUUGUUCUUGUGUUUUGUGGGAAGCUAGGAAAUUUGUUUCCUCCUUUAUUUUUUAAGAAAAAGAAAAGUUAACUAACUCUACCACGUAGUACUUUACCUUAAUAACAACUCUGCUUGGCUUAGCUGUUAGAGGUUUUAGAAACAAUAUCAUAUCCCAUCAAAACAACCCUGGCCUCUUAUUGUUAGAAUUCUGGUUGUUGAUAACAUGAAGAUGUAAUUCUUUUUUUAAAAAAAAAAAUGUCUGAAAUGUUAUUUAAUACACCAGUAAAAGUGCAUCUAUAUCUUAAA